CUUGUUCUGCUACUGUAAAUAUCUCAUCAAACCAUUCCCAUACUGGACCAUGGGUGCAAGGUAACACAAACCUGUGUUCCACCAUGGUCACUUAGAUUUGGCUCUACAGUGAACUGCCUCUUACCCCUUUGAGCUUUGCCCGAAGUUUUUACACACAAAUUCUACUAGUCAUACUUGGCCAUUCAGUGCAGUUGCUGAAUUAAUAGAUAAUGCUUAUGAUCCUGAUGUGAAUGCUAAACAGAUCUGGAUUGAUAAAACAGUGAUUAAUGACCGUAUAUGCUUGACUUUCACUGAUAAUGGCAACGGGAUGACUGCAGAUAAGUUACAUAAAAUGCUGAGCUUCGGCUUCAGUGACAAAGUCACCGUGAAUGGUCACGUCCCGGUUGGAUUGUACGGGAAUGGAUUCAAGUCGGGUUCUAUGAGACUGGGCAAAGAUGCAAUAGUUUUUACCAAAAAUGGAGAGACCAUGAGUGUGGGAUUCUUGUCUCAGACCUAUUUGGAAGUCAUCAAGGCAGAACAUGUUGUUGUCCCUAUCGUGACAUUCAACAAACACCGUCAGAUGAUUAAUUUAGCAGAAUCAAAAGCAAGCCUAGCAGCAAUUCUGGAACAUUCUCUGUUUUCUACGGAACAGAAAUUAGUGGCAGAACUUGAUGCUAUUAUGGGUAAGAAGGGGACAAGGAUCAUCAUUUGGAAUCUUAGAAGUUACAAAAAUGCAACAGAAUUUGAUUUUGAAAAGGAUAAAUAUGACAUCAGAAUUCCCGAGGAUUUAGAUGACAUUGCAGGGAAGAAAGGGUACAAGAAACAAGAGAGGAUGGACCAGAUUGCCCCUGAGAGUGACUACUCCUUAAGGGCUUACUGCAGUAUUUUAUACCUAAAGCCACGAAUGCAGAUCAUCCUGCGUGGACAGAAAGUGAAGACACAGCUGGUCUCCAAGAGCCUUGCCUACAUUGAACGUGAUGUGUACCGGCCUAAAUUUCUAACUAGAACAGUGAGAAUUACUUUUGGGUUCAACUGCAGAAAUAAAGAUCAUUAUGGGAUAAUGAUGUAUCACAAAAAUAGACUCAUCAAGGCUUAUGAAAAAGUGGGAUGUCAGUUAAAGGCAAACAACAUGGGCGUUGGAGUGGUUGGAAUUAUAGAAUGUAAUUUCCUUAAGCCAACUCAUAAUAAGCAGGAUUUUGACUAUACUAAUGAGUACAGGCUUACAAUACUAGCAUUAGGAGAAAAGCUGAAUGAUUACUGGAAUGAAAUGAAAGUGAAGAAAAAUGCAGAAUACCCUCUAAAUUUGCCGGUCGAAGACAUACAGAAGCGCCCUGAUCAGACAUGGGUUCAGUGUGAUUCUUGUCUAAAGUGGCGAAAAUUACCAGAUGGAAUAGAUCAGCUUCCAGAGAAAUGGUACUGCUACAAUAACCCUGACCCACAGUUCAGAAACUGUGAAGUUCCAGAAGAACCUGAAGAUGAGGACUUGGUCCAUCCCACGUAUGAAAAAACCUACAAAAAGACCAAGGAGAAAUACAGGAUCAGACACCUGGAAAUGAUCCCUCGGAUUAAUCCUGAAUUAUUGUAUCCAACAAGUGUUUCAAGUCAGAGCUUUUCUCCUAUGAAGGAGAGUCUUCCAAGACCACAUCUUUCAGAAGUCGGGAGUCCCUUUACAACAAGGCUUAUAAGUAACCACCUUGUUUCACCUCAGUCUGAACCUGAGAGCAGCAGCCUGAAACGGAGACUUAGUACUCGUUCAUCAAUUCUGAAUGCAAAGACUCGGAGAUUAAAUAAUCCUCCCUUUGAAAAUUCAAAACCUUACAAAGAUGAUGAUGAUGAAGAUGUCAUCAUCUUAGAAGAGAACAGUACCCCGAAACCUGCGGUCGACCUCGAUGUUGAAGUGAAGUCGGAGCAGAGCCACUCUGAACAGAGUGCUGUGCAGGUUGAACUUGUAGGCAGCCCUGAACCCUGUGCCCAGGCCAGUGCAACGAGCACCUCCACCUCCAAGUGCGACCUGGGCACUGCUGUCGGCUCCACGCAGACUGACGCGCCAGGUUUAAUUGUUAAAAAGGAGGAGAGUGUUGACGACGAGCCGGGUGCGACGAGUGACCCAGUGACACUGUCCUCCUGUGUAAGUGCUGAAGCCAAGGUGCAGGAGGCCCUGGAGAGGUCAGCGGAUGAUGCUGGCCGUCAGUUACAGGAGCUGAGGAGUGAGCUGCUUUCCGUCACACAGGAGAGGGAUGACUACAAGAGACAGUGUGAGAUGUACACUGAUGAGAUCAAAGUGCUCCAGCAGAGGAUCCUGGAGAUGAAUGACAAAUGCGUGAAGAAGGAGACCUGCCACCAGUCCACCGAAACCGACGCUGUGUUUGUGCUUGCAAGUGUUAACGGGAAGUCGGAAAGCCCGGACCCUGUGGGGUCCCAGUAUCAGCAAGCUUUGGAAGAGAUCGAGAGGCUGAAGAAGCAGUGCAGCACCCUGCAGCACGUGAAGACUGAGUGCAGCCAGUGCUCCGGCAGCAGCGAGAGUAAGAGCGAGAUGGACGAGAUGGCUGUGCAGCUGGACGACGUGUUCAGACAGCUGGACAAGUGCAUCGUGGAGAGGGACCAGUAUAAAAGUGAGGUUCAGUUAUUGGAAAUAGAAAAAUCACAUGUUCAUUCGCAGUGUGAAGAACUCAAAACUGAAAUUGAACAGUUGAAGUCCACGAGUCAGCCGGCAGGAGCAGAUGUUUCAACUUCAAGCAAUGCUGAGGAAUCCGUCAGUUGUGUGGACGGGGAAAGCCUCAAACUUCGUUCUCUUCGAGUCAAUGUAGGACAGCUGCUAGCUAUGAUUGUGCCUGAUCUGGAUCUUCAGCAAGUCAACUAUGACGUUAAGGAUAUGAAUUUUUAG